AUGGACGCUCAGUACGACCUGCGCGACCUUCAUGACUUCUCAUACAAAGAGGUAAUGAAGGUGACGUGUGAUGAAGACGCCACCGUCACGUGGUGCUUAAAAGUUGGCCUGUUCAAGAAAGUCAUGCUCUGCCCAAAGUGUGAUGGCGCCAUGACCAUGUCCCUCCCAACAAAGCGUUGGCGCUGCCGCCGGUCUGCUUGUGGCGAUGUCCAGCGAAGCAUCAAGGCGGACUCGCUCUUUGUCAAGUAA